CUCGUAAAAACCGUGACACGCCAGCUUCAGCAGAGUAUCUGCCAGGCAAUUACAGCAGAGACGUAUCGAGGGAGGGUGGCUACCGAAACUAAUCAAAAGGGCCGUCCAGCACCUGAACCAUCAAUCGGGUUUAUGAGCAAAGGCGAUCAAUCAGCCUGCGGUUAACCUUCGGAAAAACGCGGAAGUGUAAUUCAACGUCAACGGUUGUUUUUUUUUUUUUUUUUUUGUGACUUAUAAUCGGUGACAACAUGGCUGAAUGUAACGUUAGCAUCGACAAGAAAAAACUACCUGGAGUGAAAGAGGUGUGCCGAGACUUUGCUGUGCUGGAGGAUCACUGCCUGGCUUACAACCUCCAGGAACAAGAAAUUGAGAGCCACUUGGCGUCCAACGUCAAUAAGAGCCGUCUGGUGCAGAAGGACCUGCAAGUGGCCAAGAAGCUGCAGGAGGAGGAGGAUAAGAGGGCCAAAGUCCAGAGCCAAAAACAGCACGUUGACCUUGAGCGCCAAGAUAAUGAGAUCGCCCAGGAGAUUCAGGAAGAACUGGUCCGACAGGCAGAACAGCAGCGACAGCAGGAAGAGAAGGAUGCGGCCAUAGCUCGUAAGCUGCAGGAGAAGGAGAUGAAAGAGGAAAGGAGAAGACAGAAGCAGCUGGAAGCAAACUUUGAGGAGGAGUACUUUGAGGAUCACGGAGCUGCAAGAAGACCCCUUGACUUGGACAAACACACCCGUCACAAAUCGACGUCCCCAGGCCGAUAUGAUGCAUAUGCUCCAGUGAGCUCACAUCGUGAUAACUCCCCAGAUUAUAACUCAAUAGAGCCCAAAAGGAGCAGGUACCCAAAACAGGACCCAGUAGCACCCCACAGUCGCUCCAGAUACCCCGAGCAUUACCUAGUGGCAGAAGGAGGGCGAAGUAGACCUGCAGAUCCAUACCCAGAGCACCUGCUGCCCUCCAGGGGGAAACACGGGGACAGAUACCCAUUUUAUGAACCCACAGAGACUGGCAGAGCCAGGGGUCCAGAGACAGAGGAUGCAGAGAAAGUGGUGAGGAGGAAAGAGAGACCAGCCAGACCACCUCCCCCACAGAGUCCUGCAGAGAGAGAUAAGGCCAGGGAAAGACAAAGGGACAGGCAGCAUGAGUGGGAAAGGCACAUGGGAAAAGACCAGAGGAGAGACAGGGAGCACGACCUCAGGAGGGCGAGAGCAGGAGGAAGAGACAGGGAAAGAUCCAGAGAUAGAGGACAGAGCGGGGACAGACGCAGACAGAAAGACGGAGAUAGACAACGAGCCAGAACCAGGAGCAGGGAGAGGGGACUUGAAGGGGAGCCAGGCCACAGCAGGGACUGGCCAAGGGAGGGCAGGGCGUCUUGGGAGGAGGAAGGGGAUGAUGGUGAGAGGGAGAGGAGGGCCAGGGGCCGGCAGCGUAUCCAGUCAGGCCCCGAAGAGGUGUUUGAGGAGUUCAGGAGCGACGAAGGGAGAGGGAACAUCAAAGAGUUCUCACCCGACAGGGGGAAGGUCCCCGGCAGGGAACGCAGUCAUACUCACCCCAACGAAGAGACAGGUCGUAUUGUGCACAAAGGGAGUGGAGCAGUAGUAGUAGCAGAAACGGAGUACGGGCUGAGGGAGGCCACCAAGGGGCUGACCAAGCUCGAUCUCCGUGAGCAGGAGCUGAAGGACAUGGAGGUGGCCAGGAAACUGCAAGAGGAGGAAAUCAAAGUGAGGGAGCACACCAGAGAAGCAAGCAAGAUGCAUGUGCGCGCAGCCCAAGUGGCACAGGAUGAGGAAAUCGCCCGACUGCUCAUGGAACAAGAGAAAAAGGAGUACAGGAAGAAUCGUGAGCGGGAGAAUGAGAGAGAGCGGGAGAAAGAGAAGGAGCGAGAGAAGGAGAGGUUGGCCUUGGAGAGGAUGGCAAUGGAAAGGAGGCGGCAAGAGGGAGACUACAGGCCAAAUUCAGAGGAAGUUGUCCGGCCCAGAACACGAGAUGAGCAUGAAUACCAGAGGCAGAGGAACCACAACAAGCCUGCCAGACCUCCUCAGCCUCGUGCACACGACUAUGAGAAUGUGAAUCCUGGUUAUGGCUACUCGGACCACCCUGUUCCCCCCCGCGCCCCCACCCGACCUGAGGCUGCUUACAAAGGUGCCUAUUACAAGCGGUGACUCAGGCUCUCUACCAUGUCCAGACAUGCUGUCAGUCCUUCUUUGUCCUCUUUUUUUAAUUUAUCUUUUUGUUUUCAACCAUUUGCACUCCGUUGACCAAAAGCCUUGGGACAAUCUGAUGCAAUGGAUUUUUUUUAAUACCCUCCAAAGUUGGCCCCAGAGUGAAGGAAGUGGGUCUGUGAGUGUUGGAACUACACUCAUCUUUUCCUCUUUUUUUUUUUUUUUUUAUUUGUAAAUUGUAUUAUUUUAACUGACUCGACAUCAAGACAAGCCAAAAUAUCAGCCUUUUUGACAUAAACUCCCCUAAUUCUUAGCUGUUGAAAUCGAGGAACCAGCUCCUCGACCGCCAUCGUCGUCAUGUGCUGAUGUUCAUCUGUGGACCGUGUCAUCACAGGGGCUCAAGGCCUCCGCUGGAUAUAACCAUGCAAUCUCAAAUUUCCUCAUGACUCUACAUGGGACGUGCCUGUCUGCUCCAACAUGGCUGCUACAGUGUCUUAGAUACCAACAUGGCAGCUGCUUUGUACACCCAUGCUGCAGUUCUGUUCUCUCUGCACAGGCCCGACCCAUGUGCCACACAGUGUAUGACUCUGGAGGGUUACGUCUCUGUUGCUGUAUUCAAGCUAAACAGAAAUAAGCCUUUAUCAAGAUGCUGGUAGUUUUUGCUUUGACAUGUUUACCACCUUGUUCCAGUGCAGAGGAGGUGGAGCUUUGUGAUGAUCCAUGGACAUUUAAUUGGCUGUAGGCUGUGUCUUGUUCUGCUUGUGAGGGGCACUUUUUAACGCCAUCACCCUUAAACUGAAAGUGGAUGGAUGAUACUCACUGUUUCUAUGUGCAUGCUUACUGAAAGUGUACAACAGUGUACAUGCAUUUCAGCUCUAUAUCAAAUUAUGUCUCCCUCCUUUAUUGUCAGAAAGGGCUAAAGCCACAAAAAGCCAAUAAUCUUCUCUUUGUGAAUGAAUAAAAUAUGCGUUAGCUCAUGUAUUACUGUACAAAAUAUCACUUUUCUGCAACUAUUUCAUAUCAGCUCAUCAUUUACAAACCAAAACUGGCCCAUAAAAGAACCAGUACCUAAAUGAAAUGCAUGUACAUUGCUUGUCUGUGUUUAUGCUUGUGCUUACUGCACAGACGAUGUGCGAUUGAAUAUUUGUUCUUUAUAUUUAAAUGUACAUAUCUGAUUUUUCUUUUUUUAACUCGUUCUACCAAAUCAUGUUCCCCAUUGUGGAUAAUACAAGAUUCUGUCUUAAGUCCCUUUAUCUUGUUUCCCACUAGUUAUCUUUGUUUAAAAAGGGAGCCUUCCAUUUUAUUUUUAUACAAUAUUUUGCUGAUCCAGAUUGUUCCCAUAGUUUCCAUUCCCUCUAGCUGUCCUGCCGUCCCUUCCAGUCCUCUUCUCUUUGUCUCAAACUCAAAGGCAGAUAUCCCUUCCUGCCUGCAGAAAAGGCAACAGUCCCACAAUAGAAGUCAGGAUUGAGGGAAACCAGUCACAGGAACUGCCUGAAAUGUUGACCUACAAUAUAUAUCACUGCUCCAAGGGACCUAUUUUAGUCUUUUUACUGCUCCAGGAUCCGUUAAUUUCUGUUCAUAUUGAAUAAGGAUGAUAAGGAAAAUGAAAAGCACAUUCAAUCUUUUGAGUUUACUGAAAUGUUUGUGAUGGCCACAGAAGUGAUUCACUCCAGUGAACAUUUAGUGCUGCUUCAAGGUUCUCAUUUUAUAAUAAAUGUUGCUGAAAUUAAAAAUCAGCUUCCAAAACUCUUCCCUCCCUGUUAACAGAAAAAGAGCAGUUUUCUUUACCCAAGUGUGAGAUGUUUGUAUCCUGAGAAAAGAAAAGAGAAAAUAUUGAAUCAUAAUAUGUGCUAAUUGCUGUUGACAGAAUGAAAUUUGUGCCAUAUGUAAUUUGUUUCAGGGACUUCAAAAUGGGAAAAGCUUAGUAGUGGUUGUAGCAGAGCUACCACACCCACCAAGGUGGGACUCGUAAUUUAUUCUUUGGUGAGAGCACCACCUUGUGGACAUGUGGAAAAGGACGUGUACAAAAUUGAUCUGAUCAGGAUGCGUCUUUGUGUAUUUGUGGAUGUUGUGCAUCAGACAUUACUUUGGAAUCAAGUGCUGUCUACAUCAAACAUUGAGUGUUACAUUUUUUGAUUUUCUUUAAUUCAGGGCUUGUAUGCAAUCUACCAAUCAUGAAUCAACACAUACUGUAUGUGUUGGCACUUGCUGUAACAGAACCUUUUUUUUAAAGUAAAAGGAAUCAACAAGUUGCUUUUACCUAUAGCAUCUCGAAAUGUAUUAAACUGUAUCAGCGUUUCCACUGUUUAUGAAUACGACUCAUUCAUUAAGUCACACAGUUAGGCCACAUAAACACGAGGCUGCUCGGUGCGUUGGAGUGCAACUAGUGAAACAGAGAGGCUCCGGCCCAAAUAACAUUUUAAUAAAAAAUACCUUGAGGCUUCCAAA